CAUAGCUUGACAUCUCUCGAUGUCAGAAAAUUAAAACGGCUCGCGAAAGAAAUUAAUAUAGUAAAAAUGAAACUCGCUCUGAUCGGUCUUUUCGUACUCGCGACCCUCGCAAGGGCCGAGGAUGACAACACAAUGGAAACGGCGAUCAACUUCAUAAAGGAUUGCAGGGGAGACUACAUCUUAUGUGUUAAGGAAAAGUUAUUGAGGAUCGUCGACAAUUUAAGAGCAACAAGAAGUAUUUCGAUCGCUGAAGGCGUUGUACUCAAGGGAGAACCAGACGUGAGGUCUGGUAAGAAGCUGGACUCUCUCCCCGUGGACCCCACAGCAAGAGAUGCCGAGGUCAACUACCGCCUCAUGGAUGGGGUCGUCAGUUUGUUUGAAACCCAUGCGCUUGAGGUCAAGAUGAACGAUGCUGAUAAGGCGGAAAUGCAACGAUCACUUGAAGAAGGUCGUGGUAAGAAAAAGGGAGGAAGCGGCAUCGGAGGUAUUAUCGGAUUGAUCGGCGCCAAAGUUCUUCUCGGAAAACUAUUCAUUGUGAAACUCAUCGCUUUGAAGGCGUUAGCGACAGCCAAAAUAGCGUUAGUCCUAGCUGCAGUCCUCUUCGUUGCAUGGUGUCUGAAAGGAGAGCAUACCAAGACCACAUAUGAGGUGGUGCCUCAUCCAGCCCAUCACGAAACCCAUCACGCUGCCCAUGUGGAGCACCUAUCCCAUGAUCUAGGAGGUCAUGGUGGAUACAACUACGGUUCUGACUGGAACAAGAACAUUGACGAUGCUCAGAAUUUAGCAUACAGUGCGUACUCUCCCCACAAAUGAAUUAUGACAUACCAAACUAGCUAGAUGAACGUGGUAACCAUUGUACAAAGACUUAAAUGUAUUAUUUAUUUAUUUAACUUAUUUUAAUUUAUUACGUAACCAAUAAAGUAUUUUUGUAUAUG